AUGUUCUUCGGCAUCAAUAUGCUGAAUAACUGGGCUUUCGCCUUCAGUAUCAGUGUCCCCGUGCAUAUCAUCCUCCGGAGUUUCGGCAGCGUGACGACGAUGAUGAUGGGGUGGUUGAGGGGGAAGCGGUAUAGUCUCCUACAGGUGCUUAGUGUGGCGCUCCUGACCGUCGGUGUAUUGGUGAGCGCUUGGGCGGAUUCGGAGGGGAAGGGCAAAUCUAUGGCUGUAGAGACGGAAUCGUCGACUUCGGACUUCAGCGUGGGUCUGGCGAUCUUGCUGCUGGCGCAAUUACUUUCUGCUUGGAUGGGCGCCUAUGUCGAAGAUACAUACGCCGAAUACCAAGCCGACUGGACCGAGAAUCUCUUCUGGACGCACUUCAUGAGUCUGCCGCUUUUCCUGCCCCUUGGUGGACCGCUGAGGAGACAAUAUGCUAAACUUGCUGCGACACCACACCUUGAUCUCAAAGGCCAGCUCGCAUCGAAAGACAGCCUGAUAUCUAGCGUCCCAUUCAUAUCCGCCGCAAACCAGGACAUCGUACUAAGCACACUAGAAAGUCUACCCUCAGGCCUCCUCUACCUCCUCCUCAACACCCUCACCCAACUCGCCUGUAUAUCAGGCGUGAACCUCCUCUCGGCCAAAUCGUCCGCAGUCACCGUGACCAUCGUCCUCAAUAUCCGGAAACUCGUCUCCUUCAUCUUCAGCACGAUUUUCUUCGGCCAUGCGUUGAGUGGGAAGAUGGCGGUGGGGAGUGCGAUGGUGUUUGGGAGUGGGGCGUUGUAUGGGUGGGAGACUAGCUGGAGGUUGCCUAGGGAGAGGAGGGGGAGGAGGUUGGAGGGGGAGAAGCACGGGAUGAAUGCGAAGGUGGGGAUGAAUGGGGAGGCGAAGAAGGAGAGGUAG